AUGGCUACUUCUAAAGACAAGAGUGAAGUCCUUCCAGAAUCUGUGCGGCCAAGACGUCAAGUCCGACUGCCAGCCUAUUUGUCAGACUACCAAGUAAAUGUAUCCAGCCACAGAGAACUGGCUUCCUCUUAUACAGCAGAUACUGCAGCACAGACUACAUUUAGACGAGAAGAGGAGUGCAGUGCAGAGAGUGAUGGAACUGCUAGGAAAGUGCCUUCAGCUGGUUCAGCAACGGCCAGACAUGGAAGUCAGUAUUCGACAAGAGAUGAGUGGGGAACCUUUUAUGCUGAAUUAGAGGACAUUCAAGCUCAGCUUGGCCAGGACACCCAGCUCAUACGGAGUUUACGAGAUAGAGUGCGCCAGCAUGUAUUAUCCAAAUGCUGUGGGGAGGAAAUCCCACAUGCAGAUACACGCCCAUUACUGAGAGAUGACAGAGUUUCUUCGCCUGCAACCAGGCAGCCCCUUUCAAACCUUGCUCACUUAUCAUCCUCACCAGCCUCCUUUCCAGCCUUAUCCCAAGACUCAUCACUCCGGACCCAAGUAUCAGCUGUGUCCUCAGGCGAGUCCCAUUCAGUUACCCACCUAACACCACAGAGACUCAGAACAACAUUGGAAGUAAAUCCACCUCCUCAGGAGGACGAGUCAUGGCCUGAACCACCACCUUCUGUAUGUGAUGAUGCACCAUACAGAGCUAGGGAAGAGCGUGAAUUCCCAGUCAGUUAUGCUACUUCUAUCAGUUAUUCAAACCCAGUGGAAUUAGCUGUGGAGAGAGCAGUAGCACAGCCCUACUAUGCACAUUAUGUUCCAGCCUGUGUAAACUCAUUCCAGAAUCCGUCACUCAGACCUGACCGAGGGGAUAUAAGAACUAACCCCAUUUCACAAGAUAUACAGGGUCAGAGCAGUUCAUUGUAUCCUUCCCUCGCACGCCCUCCAACUCAAGCUCCGUAUACAAGGCCCUAUUCUACACCCUGGCUGAAUGUUGCUCCACCAGCUCAGCAACAAUCUAUGUAUGCUCCACGAUCAGUGCAACCGACUGAACCAUGGCUUAAACACUCAGAAAUGCCAUACAGCCAGCCACAGCCAUCGCCUUAUGAAACCUUUCCCACAUCACUGCUAGCACAGGAGAAAGUCUAUCUAGGCCCUAAGCCACGAAUCCCCAUGCUGGUUCAUCGAGAUCCUGCAGAAUUCGCCAGGUUGAAGAUGUCAUUGGAGAAUGUACUGCCAGCUGAUACCACCGAGCUCUUUAAGUACCAGAUAUUGGUUGACCAUCUCAAAUUAGAGGAAGCCUCCCUUAUUGCUGACUCUUAUCUGAACUCUGCCACCCCAUACUCUGACACAAUGACAGCCUUAAACGAGAGGUUUGGGCAACCGCAUCAGUUAGCCCUCAAAAGAAUUGCCCAAGUCAUGGAUGCUCCUGACAUUAAGCGAGGGGAUCAUGAGGCAUUUCAGAGGUUUGCACUACAGAUCAGAGCUCUUGUGGGGAUGUUGGAAACCCUUGGUGUAGAGGGAGAAGUGGAGUUGAAGUGUGGUUCCCAUGUUGCCAGACUGCUUGGCAAACUACCUCCAGAGUUGCGUGCAGACUUCCGCCGACACCUGUAUUAUCAGUCCGAUUCAGUUUAUACAUUACCUGAAUUCUCUAAGUGGCUCCAGUACGAAGCAUGGUGUCAAGGCCAUACCGAACCAUUCACCAAAGGAAAUCCUGAGUGCCGAACCAAGCCAGCCCGCCUAACCAGACCAGCCACGGUCCUCCAUGGUGCCAAAGCUGCCUCACAGAUAAAGGGCCCAGAUCCAGGAACUAAAACAUCCACCUCAAGUAGGAAAAGGGGUAAAGUGCUACCUUAUUGUCCAUAUUGUGAAAACUCUGAACAUUUCUUAAGUCAGUGCGCUACUUUCCAGACUUUCACUCCUGAGCAGAUCCGUACAUGGAUUACUGAUAACAAGAGGUGCAUAAAAUGUGGUAGAUCUCAUGCUGUUACAGAUUGCACUCUUAAGAAACCAUGCAGCAUUUGUCAAAACAAACACCUUCAGAUACUGCAUGAAGUCAAUUCCAAGGCAGGUAAAGAGGGCAUAUGCAUGUUGAGCUCUGCAGUUGGCACUGCUUACUUGAAUCGUCCAACAGACUGCAGCCGGGUAUUACUGAAAGUGGUGAAAGUUUGUCUGCAGUAUCGUGAACGAGCUCUGGAGACUUACGCUGUCCUCGACGAUGGCUCUGAGAGGACUAUUCUUCUAUGUGAAGCAGCAGAUAAGCUCGGCUUGCGUGGAAUCCCUGAGGAACUGGCAUUGAGAACAAUCAGACAAGAAACCCAAGUACUUCAAGGAGCCUCUGUCUCUUUCAGUGUUUCAUCUGCCUCACAGCCUAAACGGAAUUACCACAUUAGUGGUGCAUUCACUGCUCAGAAUCUGGGACUGGCUGAUCAUUCCUACCCACUAGCCACCUUACAGAAAAGGUACCGGCACCUCAGAGGCUUGCCACUUGAGCCAUUCGAUCGAGUAUCUCCUCUCCUUCUCAUUGGAGCUGAUCAACCUCAUCUGAUAACUCCAACAGAACCAGUGCGUCUGGGACCACCAGGAGGACCUGUUGCUAUACGGACCAGAUUAGGGUGGACACUACAAGGCCCAGCCAGAGGUCUACCACACCAUCCUAGAUCCCAGAACUGUUACCUGACCUCAGUAAACCCUGAUACAGCUGAACUUCUGAGAAAUGUGGAGAAGUUGUGGCAGGUGGACACGCUACCAUUCAAAUCAGAGAAACAGGUAACUCGAUCACGAGAGGAUCAAGAGGCACUCUCACUGCUGGAAAGUAAAACCAUCCGUGUUGAGCAUAACAAGGUCCAGCACUAUGCAACCCCUUUGCUACGGAAGAGAAAUACUUCCCCUUUUCACGCAACUAGAGAUGCUGUCAUGCCAAGUCUCCGAGGUACAGAGAAACGACUCGCUAAAGAUGAAGACAAAGCCUCAGCAUACAUAACAGAAAUCAGUAAACUUGAACUGGCAGGUUCAGUACGCAAGCUGACCGAGGAAGAGGUUGCACAGAGUGAGGAAUCAUGGUUCAUUCCUCAUCAUUUAGUACAUCAUAAUGGGAAGAACCGCCUAGUAUUCAAUUGUUCUUACCAAUUCCAUGGCCGCAACCUCAACGAAUCUCUUCUUCCUGGGCCAACCCUCGGUCCGUCACUCCUGGGGGUGCUGCUUCGUUUUCGCGAGCAUGCCAUCGCGAUAAGUGGAGACAUAAAGGCCAUGUUCCACCAGGUCUGCCUCCUGCCUGAGGACAAGUCCCUUCUUCGGUUUGUGUGGCGAAACCUCUGCCGUGAUGUGCCUCCUGUGGUGUAUGAGUGGCAGGUCCUGCCAUUUGGCACCACAUGUUCUCCUUGUUGUGCCACCUUUGCCCUCCAAAAACAUGUGCACGAUCACAGCAAUGAGGAAGAAGAUGUCAGGAAUUCGGUAGAUAGGUGUUUCUAUGUAGACAACUGUCUACAGAGUCUACCGUCAAAAGCUGAAGCCAAAGAAUUACUUGAAAAAUUGCGAGUCCUGUUGGCAUCAGGGGGCUUUGAGAUCCGCCAGUGGGCUAGUAAUGCCCCCGAAAUUCUCAGCCAUCUCCCUCAAGAAGCUCGCUCAGAUAAUGCUGAACUGUGGCUCACCCAAAACUCUGCUGAUAUUCAAGAGUCUACAUUAGGACUAAGAUGGCACUGCCCUACAGAUACCAUCGGCUAUAAGCAUAGACUGGAUGACUACGGCCCAACAACAAUGCGUACUGUGUACCGUACUUUGGCCAAACAGUAUGACCCUUUGGGGCUAAUAUUGCCAUAUACAACUCGAGCCAAGGUGAUUGUACAGCGACUCUGGGAUAAACAAAGGGACUGGGAUGACCCAUUACUACCUGAGGAGCUGCUGCAAGCCUGGAAUGCAUGGGUAUCAGAACUGCCUGAAUUAUCUCGUAUUACCUUACCUCGCUGCUAUGUUCCCACAACAAUGGACCAGCCAGAUGUGACAAGAGAGGUCCAUGUGUUCUGUGAUGCAUCUGACAGAGCAUAUGGAUCAGUGGCCUACCUACGCUCUGAAGAUGCCUAUGGUGGAGUUCACCUGGCUUUCCUGCUGGCCAGAUCUCGAGUUGCACCAAAAAGACAACAAUCCAUGCCAAGACUGGAGCUAUGUGCAGCAGUCACUGGAGCUCAACUUGCAAAGCUGAUAGUCAGUGAGCUCACCUUACCCAUCAAGAGAACAAUCCUGUGGUCCGACUCGACCACCGUCCUGACAUGGCUCCGGUCAGACUCGUGUCGAUUCAAGGUCUUUGUGGGAACCAGGAUUGCUGAAAUCCAAGAGCUCACAGAUCAGCAGUCAUGGAGGUAUGUGAGCUCCACCCUUAACCCAGCAGAUGACCUGACCAGGGGCAAAUCCUUGGUGGAACUAGCACAAACAAAUAGGUGGUGUCAAGGCCCAUCCUUUCUCUUGCAACCACCUCAUGAGUGGCCUGAAGCUCCAGCUUGGACAUAUGAAGAAGACCCUACGGAGUUGCGACGGUCCUUGUUCUGUCAUUUCAUCUCAACCAGCUCGGAUAAGUCUGUCCCUGAUUCAAGUCAGUAUGCUACAUGGAGUGAACUAGUGGAGGCCACAGCACGCACACUUCAGCAUGAUAAAGCAGAGCAAGAUGUUUCACCUACUUCCAGGGCUUAUCAGCAGGCAGUCCUUUUCCUCAUUAAACAGUCCCAGCUCGAAAGUUUCCCGGAGGAAUACCACCUUCUCAAGGCCAACAAAUCAGUCCCUUCCAGUAGUCGCCUUCUUGUUCUGGCUCCUGAAUUUGAUGCAACAGAUGAGAUCAUCCGAGUUGGCGGCCGCCUUCGUAGAGCAGAGGAUUUGGAUCCAAACUUCAAACACCCUAUUGUGCUAGAUCCGAGCCAUUACAUCACCAAAUUAUUAAUCCAGGAUUGUGACCAGAGAUUAUGCCACCCUGGACCAGAGCGUGUCUUCGCUGAACUUCGGCGGUCUUACUGGAUAUUGAGAGGGCGCGAGGCUGUCCGGAAGCACCAGUAUGCCUGUCUGGAGUGCCGAAAGUUGAGAUCUAAACCUGUUGUACCAAAGAUGGCUGACUUGCCUCCUGCUCGACUCCGUUUGUUCAAGCCAGCAUUUUAUUCCACUGGGAUGGACUGCUUUGGGCCAUUCCAGGUGAAGAUUGGCAGGCGUACAGAAAAACGGUGGGGUAUUAUAUUUAAAUGCCUUACCACUCGAGCAGUGCAUCUGGACGUACUCACCUCCAUUGAUACAGAUGCCUUCUUGAUGGCUGUACGGAGGUUUACCGCACGCCGUGGUACCCCUGCUGAGCUUUACUCAGACCAAGGGACAAAUUUCAGAGGAGGAGAGAAAGAGUUGAGAGAGGCUUUCUCUGUUAUGAGUACUGACCUGCAAGGUUUGCUGGCGAAACAUCAGAUCAACUUUCACUUCAAUCCUCCAACAGCUCCACACUUUGGAGUAGUGUGGGAGCGAGAGAUUCGCUCUGUGAAAGCAGCACUUAGCACCACAAUUGGAGCACAGAGCGUUCCCGAGGAAGUACUCAGAACAGUUUUAAUUGAGGUGGAAGCGAUCUUGAAUUCUAAACCGUUGGGGUAUGUGUCAUCCAACAUCUCAGAUGUUGACCCAAUAACACCGAAUCAUCUUCUGAUGGGGCGGCCCAGUAGUUCAUUUCCGCAAGUUGUCUACCAAGAUUCUGAACGCCUAAGCCGCAGACGGUGGAGACAAAGUCAGAUACUGGUGGAUCACUUCUGGGCCAAGUUUAUAAGUUACUACUUACCUGGUCUGCAGCUGAGGCAGAAAUGGCAAGGAACUACUGCGGAUCUUACAGAGGGGUCUGUCGUGAUGAUGGUUGAUCCCCAAUUGCCAAGGGCUCUAUGGUUAGUUGGCAAAGUGGUGAGGGUGUUUCCUAGUGCUGAUGGACAUGUAAGAGCAGCUGAGGUGAAGGUCGAUAACAAGAGUUUUACCAGACCUGUGGUAAGGUUAAUUAAGCUGCCUGAACUGCCUAAUGAUGAUUAAAAUUCAAUUGGAACACAUUUACACUGCAAAUGUGGGGGCGGCUGUUACAAAGGUAGCGCAAAAGCGCCAUCUAGUGGCUUUUAGUAGAUGUGCUGGAAGUGAUUGCACAUGACAAUAACAGCUACGCCACAGGAAAACUGUUCCUGAAGUCGCGAUGCAGUGUUGGGGUUAAUUAUUAAUAACUGUGUGCGUCCAUUUGAGAAAACCACACACACACAACCAACAUGCUUAUGAUUAUGAUCUAAAUCUACCAUCUCCAUAAACAUAAGCUGAGUGCCAACUGCUGCAUCCAACUUUGUACCUAUAUUGUAAAGUGUGGCAACGCUGCUGUCUAAUGUAUGUCUGUGCUGCUGAAGAAAGUUCAGUAAACUGUUCAAACUGAUUCCUGCCUCCUGUCCUGCGUUCUGACAGACGCUCCAAGGCGAGAACUAUAACCUCCUAAGCACCUGUGGUCCUUUCUCUCAAACAAU